AUGGCAAAGGACGCCGCAGACACGCCCUUCUUCCAGAAGCGGAAGUCAGAAGGCCAAAUCGUUGUCAAAGAUCCCCCGAAGUUCGACCUCGAAUCGUACAUAUCCAACUAUGACGGCUUCACGCGUGCCGACCGCCUUCGCCAUAUUGGCUCGCACUCCACCUAUCUCGCCGUCGACGCAUACCGAACCGCAAUCGCAGAGGCGAAGCGUGGCAAGAACGUGAAGCUGUACCUUGAUUUAGUUGAGGAGUUCGCCCAGAUUGCCCCCGAUGACCCAGCGGCGUUGACAGACACCACAUGGGCAAUGGAAAGGACGAAGAAGGUCGAGGCGGAGAAGGAUAAGCUAGAACACGAGCUGAAGUCUUACAAGAACAACAUGAUCAAGGAGAGCAUACGGAUGGGCAACGAAGACAUGGGCCACUUCUACUACGCCGCGGGCGACUACAGCCUGGCACACAAAGCCUACAUGCGCAUGCGCGAGCACUGCACGUCGCCGAAGCACCUUGCAGACAUGACACUGCGCCUCCUCCUCGUCACCAUAGCACAGAAGUCGUGGCUGACUGUGCAGUCACACAUCGCGAAAGUCGAUUCCACACAGGUAAAGGGAGACGAGAAGGCCAAGCUAGAACCCAUUGUAUCGGCUUGUGCAGGUCUGGCACACAUGGGAGCCCUCAACUUCCGCGACGCCGCAACAGCCUUCAUCAACACUUCCCCCGCUUUCUUGACCGCCGAACCCGCCGCAGGAAUAACAUGGCAGCGGGAGGUCAUCACAGGCAACGAUAUUGCCGUCUACGGCGGUCUCUGUGCCCUUGCUUCCAUGGACCGCAGCCAGCUCAAAGACCGCGUCCUCGAUAACAACGACUUCCGCAACUUCCUCGAGCUCGAGCCGCACAUCCGUCGCGCCAUAAACCUCUUCUGUGCCUCCAAGUACUCCGCCUGCCUCGAGGUGCUCGAAAACUACCGCAACGACUACCUCCUCGACGUCUACCUCUCCAAAGUGCUCUCCGACAUCUACGGCCGCAUCCGCAGGAAGAGCAUUGUCCAAUACUUCAUUCCCUUCAGCUGUGUCACGCUCGACGAGAUGGCGUCAAAGUUCCAGCUCACGAGCGAAUACGGGAGCAUAGAAGACGAGCUCGAGACCAUGAUCAACAACGGCACGCUCGACGCGCGUAUUGACCUCGUGGACCGCCUGCUCAUCUCCCCACCCACGAAUCCCCGGUACAAUGUCCACGCCGACGCGCUCGCCAUGGCCGAGACCUACGACCACACGCUCCGCCUGCGGCUGACGCGGCUCAACAUGCUUGCAGCGGGCUUCGAGGUCCGACAGGACAAAGGAGGGUCGAAGGAGGCGGCGUACAAGGACUCGUCGUUUGGGGAUGGCAUCAGCGCUGGUCUUAGGGGGAUCGGCUCCAAGAUGGGCUUCUCGUAG